ACCCGGCCAUUGCCUGCAGGAGCCCUGGCAGCAGGCGAUCGGGCGGUGAGGAGCCUCGGGCGCGGCCUCGCCUCCCCGGCCCGGCUCCCGCAUCAGCACCGUGGACAGCACAGACCCCCUCUCCGGGCCCCCGUCGCCCGCAGGAGUGCCGCUCGGGCUCCUGCGACCUCGUCAGCACCGCGGACAGCGACCAGGCCCCCGCGGGCCUCGGUCAGCCCACCCGCUCUUCGAGUCAGCACCGCGGACAGCCCCCCUGGACCAGCCCUGAGGCAGCCGAGGAGUGGUCGGCACCCCUUGAAGAUGGCCACUGAGGUCCACAAUCUUCAGGAGCUCCGGCGAAGCGCUUCCCUGGCCACCAAGGUCUUUAUCCAGAGAGACUACAGCGAUGGCACCAUCUGCCAGUUCCAGACCAAAUUCCCGCCAGAGCUGGAUAGCCGGAUUGAGCGGCAGCUCUUUGAGGAGACCGUGAAGACCCUCAACGGUUUUUAUGCGGACGCUGAGAAGAUUGGGGGCAGCUCCUACCUGGAGGGUUGUCUGGCUUGUGCCACAGCCUACUUCAUCUUCCUCUGCAUGGAGACCCACUAUGAGAAGGUUCUCAAGAAGAUUUCCCGCUACAUCCAGGAGCAGAACGAGAAGGUCUUCGCUCCUCGAGGGCUCCUGCUCACAGAUCCUGUGGAACGUGGAAUGAGGGUUAUCGAGAUCUCCAUCUACGAGGACCGGUGCAGCAGUGGCAGUUCCAGCAGCGGCAGCAGCAGCGGCAGCGGCAGCAGCAGCGCCGGCGGGGGCGGGGCGGGGGCCCGGUGACUGGCCGAGAGUCCCCGCAGGGAGGUCUACGGCCGGGGCGAGGGGCUGGCGGAUCUGCGGAGGUUGCGCUACCAGAGCACCCGCUUCUGAGUCUUUCUCUGGGCCCACCCUGCCCACCGUGUUGCGCCGGAGGGAGGAUGACUGCCCGGUGUUCCGUGUCCCCCACCCUUUGCCCCUUGACAGGAUCCUCCUCUUUCUGACCCUGAACCCCUCCCCCCUUUAUUUUUUCUUUUACGGGGCUGAUCUGGGUCAUCACAGCCAAAUCUUCCUAGGGAAACCUGGGGGUGGGGGCAGCUUGGACAAACCCUCUCUUUCUUGCCUCCCUCUCCCACCCAGCUAAGGAGGGCCUGGAGAAUUCUCACCCUGCAUGAUCCUUCACCCUCAAAGCCCAUGUCUGCCUGAACUCUGCUCCCUGGGGCUCUUUCGAAGGCCCAGGGCUGCCAUGAGGCUCCUGCAGAUGGGUGCUGUUGGGUCACUCAGCCUCUCCUGAGGCUGUGCCUUUCCUGUUCUCCACUCAGAGCAGAACGUCCUCUCAGCCUCACCCAGAAGCACGCAGCUCUGAGACUUUGCACCCUUCCUGUAACUGGUUAUAGGGGUUCAGCCCAGGACUCUGAUGGGGUCUACCGGGGUAUGGUUAAAAUCCUUUGGAUGAAUGCAGCUGGACAGAGCUUGAACUCCUGAACCGGAGCCAAUUCCUGUAUUGUGUGCGUACAUGCGGAGCACACUUUGUGCACAAAUGUAUGUAUGUAUGUAUGUAUGUACGUUUGAGUGGAUAGCAAGUGCACACAUGAAUAUACAAUGUAUGAAUACGAGUGCCUGUAUAUGUGUGAUUGUACAAGUGACUUGAGUGGACAUAUGCAUAUUUAAUGAACCUGUGUAUCUGAGUGAAUGCAGAAGAAUGUAGAAUGUGAGUGCAUGUGCACACACAUGCAAAUUAUGUAUACUUGUGCAUAAGCGUAUGGAUGUGAGCAUGAACGCCUAUGUGUGAGCAUGUGUGUGUGUAGAGAGAGAGAGAGAUUACUUUGUGUGUUCUCUUUGGCUGCUGGGUUAAUGACUAUCAAGUCCUGCCCCGUCCUGUCACACAUUGGUCUGCAGAGCCUCUUUGCGAGUCCCUCCUGGCCCUCUGUGAGUCAGUGUCCUAGAGCUGAGCUGUCAGCUUGGCUCCUCCUCCCGGCCUUUCACUCACCUCUGGCUCUAUUGUGCACAUUCUAAUGGAGGGAUGGUUGGGGUCCUGGGAGAGCAGAGCCAACAUUCAGGUGGUCCUUGGUGCCCUCUUCCAGCCCCCUGACAUGUGAGGCCACAGAUGCUGAAUAUCCAGCCUGCCCUUAGACCCUCGUAGGUGAGGCUUCCCUGGACAUCCGAGGCCAAUGCGCCUUGCAAGGAAAGAAGGGCCAGCCGGCCAAUGGUGCUGUCACUCCCAAGGGGAGCCUGUUGAAGGGGAGGGGCAUCCUGGGGUCUGAAGAUGGACAGGAAGGGGCUGCCUACCUCAGCGGGCAGGUGCUAGAAGCAGACAGGAAACAGUGGCCACUACAGGCAGCUUCCUGAAGCUGAGAGGACCUGGUUCUCUCCUGGUCAAAGCAGCAGCAUGUGACAACGGGAGAUGGUGCUGAGAGAUGGAGAGGGCUGGCCAAGCCCCCGAAGCCUCAGGGAGCCCUGGUGCCGUGAACCCCUCCUCCCCGAGCUGCAGCCCCUGACUCCUGGCAGAAGCCUGUGCCCUUUGUAGCCUGCUGUACGGUCAUUGUGUCUGACUUUGUGUGUCCUGUUGGGAAGAGGCAAAAAUGGAGACUGUUUGUUUAUCUUUUUCCAAUAAAAGGACUUGCCGGCUUGAGGCUCCAUGCUGUU